GUAGACAGUGAUCAAGUACCUGAGAACGAGCACCUGAAGAAUGAAAGGGUUAGAUGGUAUGACCAUUUUAAUGUUGUGAAAGAGGUCCAGCAUCUAUAGAAUAUUGGACAGUGGAGCUGAUGAAUGAAGACCCUGACAGACUGACAGGUUGUAGUAGCAAGAUCUUAUCCUCAUUAUUGUACCUGGUGACAGCAUCCAUCCUUCAUCCUUGGUCCCUGUGCACACGCCUUUUCUUGCUUGCGCACCUCAUACACCGACUCCGCCUAUACCUUUACACACUUCUUUCUCGCUCUCUCCAUCUCGACACCACCUAGACCACCUGACACCUCUCAAAUACUCUGUCUAUCACAUACCGACAUCCUCCUACCUACCGCACACAGUACACUACACCCUACACACAUACCAGCACUUUACUUGCACAGAUAUCACCCGCUCUCUUAUCCUCAUUCUCAUUCAGGUUGUGUUGGCCAGCCAGCGAUCAACCUCAGCCACUACCACCACCUUCCCUCCCACUUCCUCUCCCACGACAAUUGACAACCACAAUCCCGUGUUUCACCCUUCCUUUCUGCUACUGCUACUACCACCUGACCUCCAUUACUUCCAACGACUCCUUCCCUCCCUCGAUCAACUUCAACUGGUGCCUGCGCUGGCCCCCAUACAUCGCUCCUGUUUGAUUUACCACAACCAGCCCAUCUUCCUGUUACCGAGAACAAGCCAACAAGAAUUCAUCUCGCCCGAGUUCUUUGUCCUCAACAUGUGGUAGAGUGGGCCAACUGCUUCAGUCUUCGAUCCUACAGCACCGCAGCCAUUACGAGCUCCUAUAGUUCUUGUGCAAACUACCACUCUGCCACUCUCCCAUGCUGUGCGCCGGUCUUUCCAACAUGACCGUCGACCCCAAAGAUCAAUCUCUCAAUGUCAUCAAUCCUCCCAAGAGCAAUGCUCCCUCGGCCGAGUCCAAAGAUUCUGCUAGUCCUCUGUUGAACCCUUCCCAGGAGCCUGGCCCCGACUCGUCCGCGUCUGAUCCCACGACCAAACCAAGAAAGCGAGACUUUUGGAAGUUCAACAAGAAAGAUGAAGACAAACAGGCCAAAGCCAGCAAACCCGCUGCCGUCCCCGUUCCUCUCUCAUCCCCUUUCCGAGCCACUGACACUUUGGGGGGCUCCAUUUCUCCUCAUCGCAUCCCAUCAUCGACUUACCCCGGCUCUCCCGGCCAAAAUCUCCACAGUCAAAACUCCAGACCUCAAUCCCCUGCCUCAUCCAUGAUCUUUGAACGAAACGUUCAAGAAGAUGUAGCCCUCCCCGAGGUCUCGCCCCAUCUGCCAUCUCAUGUCAUCAUCGAGAACCACAUUGCGCCUGCUCUGGAUGCUUCGGCAGAGGCCAUCACCAACGAGAAGCUCGACCCUGACACGGUCGAGAUUGUCACUCACGCUACCCAUCAACCUGCUUCUGUCACCAUCACACGCGUUCCGCCCGAGCCAUCUCUAGCAUCAUCACUCCUCGACGAUUUGACCCCAGUUCCCCGUCAAGAUACAGAAGAGACAUCGAACUAUGGAUCCUUAGACCAAACCGAUGUGCGAAGACUUAGUUUCAUCUCUUUUGCCGAUGUGGUUCAUGGCGAGCAAGAGAAUUUAGAAGGACGGCGUGACUCGACCCACCUUUCAGGCCAUCAUGGUUUCAUUUCCCCACGCUCCCCAUCACCGAUCAGGUCACCCACCUCAUCGGCGGCCUUUGGUACUUCGCCUCCAACCAGUGUCACGGCAUCGGUCAAGGGCUUUGAAACAUCACCACACCGUCAUCAACGAGGUACCGCCAGCCCUCUUCCCGGACAGAGCUCACCCUUGGCGGCUGGAAGUGAAAUUAACAUUGAGACCAUGCGGCAAGCCCUGCGAAAGACAGGCAGUGGAGACUUGAGCCAUUUCCGCAGUGCCCCUGCGAGUGCGGUGGGCAAUGACGAUGGGACCUACGAUCGAAGCUUUCGAUAAGUGUGUUGCAGGGAAACACGAGACGGAACAAGGGUAGUGACACUACCCUUCAUCAUCAGGGCAUCGACUUCUCGGGCGGAUUUCUGGCUUGGACAGAGUAGACGCUGUGGGAAGGAUCAGCAGCGUCCAAGAUUUCCCUUUAUUUCCUUUGCUUUCUAUGUCAUUUAGAUGCCCUCGCGCUGAAUGAGGAAUGACACUUUGCACUUGACCGCUUGUCAGGACGGCAGACCUCAAGUAUUGCAAGUUUAUAUGAUGCGUACUUGGACAUGGGAUGGAGAUUUGAGAUGGCCUCGAUGGAGGAGUACCAUGUACGCGCAAUACAAUAGCACAGUAGUACUCAGAAAUGUCAGGCAGGCCUCGACUAUUCGUAAGAUUGAUGACUCAGAUGACCCACCUCCGCGUUUCGUUUGGAUGGUGGAGUACACGUGAGAUCGAUC